CCCCGGGCCCCCUCCUCCCCAGCGCCUUUUCUCUUGGUAAAGGUACCAAACUGUAUUUUCCUCUGUCCUUUUCUCUAGGAGAAAUUCAAUACAUCCCACACUGUUGGAGCCAAAUGUCUUCAUCCUCAGAGCAAACAUGGCGCAGCGUCUCUGACUCAGAUUCUGUGGUACAGGAUGCGCUUCAGGGCACUGUUCUCUAUCAAAAAGCUUCAGCCUCUCAAGCUAGCGCAGAUCCAAGUCCUCCUAAUGCUAUAGCACAAUACCUACUGAGAGAGGUGCCAGAGUUUCGGCGACUUUCAGAGCUUCGGCAAAAGGGCUGGGAAAAUCCGGAAGGUGACCGCUUCUUUGAGAAGCAGCGUGACAAAGCAGAUAAUGCUGACAAGAGGACGGCCCAGCAUUUCUUCCGCAUGAUGAAGAAUAUAGGGCAUGAUAUGCACCAAAUCACUGAUAUUUUCUUGAUCAAGGGUCUCAAUCCCGACAAGCAAGCGAGUAUCCUUGAUAUGUGUAUGGCACCCGGAGGCUUUCUUGCGACCGCCUUGCAGAUUAAUCCCCACGCCCGAGCUCUCGGAUUCAGCCUCCCACAAUCUGAAGGAGGUCACAAGGUUCUUCUACGAAAGCCUCAUCACAAUGUUUCCCUCAAGUUUCUCGACAUUACUAUGUUGGCUGCAGAUAUGGGCCGGUUGGAGAUCCCCAGCGGUCACCCGGAUGCAGGCAAAUUCUUACCGCGUCAAUUUUCUCCUGAACAGAGAUUCGACCUCGUCAUCUGUGACGGCCAAGUACUAAGAACCCACGACAGGGCCACCUACCGUCAGCCUCGUGAAGCCAGAAGACUGACUAUGACACAACUGGCGCUGGGAUUAGAGCAUCUCACGUGGGGGGGAACGAUGAUUGUUCUACUUCACAGAGUCGAAUCUCCGGACGUUGUACGACUGUUAUAUGCCUUCACAGCCUUUGCUUCAGUGCGACUAUACAAGCAUCCGAGGUUCCAUGCCAUGCGAUCUUCCUUCUACAUGCUUGCCACCGAUAUCCGGAAUGACAGCCCCGAGGCGGCCAUGGCAAUCCGAGGGUGGAAGAAGAUAUGGGAUGUUGCAACGUUCGGGACAGACGAUCUCUACCAGCAGACCCUCCAGGAGUAUAGUGUGGACCUUGAUCUGGUUUUGAACGAUUUUGGCCCCAGAUUAGCCAUCUUAGGCAAGCAUGUGUGGGGUAUUCAGGCAGAUGCGCUAGCGAAAUCUCCUUUCGUCAGACAAAGUGCAUUGUCUAAUGGAGGGCUGAAUAUCUGAUGGGUUCUAUUUGAAAAUGAACCUAGAAGAAAGCUGAGCAAUCUGAUUACUACAGUGACUCCGAACCAGCUAUGUAUGUAGUACUGUAGGUACUUGGUUAAGUCGGAUUCCCCGGGGGAAGCAAAGGAAAAAGGGCUCCACUCACCGCACCUGCUGCACCGAGAAUAGGCUGAGUUAGGGUUGACCAACUUCCCACUGGCAUCACAGCUCAUCCCCUCACAAUGCAC